CGUAAGCCCAUCUGCAGAUGUUUUCGUCGCUGCGGCCAAUAUUUUGACGUUCAUACCGUUUGCGUAUUUCGCAGAGACCAGUUAACGCGCUCGUAAAAUCGCAAAAAAUACAUUUAACGCGAUCGUUAUUUCUGUUUUUGUAAACACACUGCAAUUGGCCUGCAUUUUGCAUAAUUUACGCAACGAAGGCAACUGCGUGAGUGCACCAACACACAAACACACACACGCAGCCGUGCAAAAGAGAGCAGAAGAGAGUGAGGAGCGCAGGCGAGUUGGCAGCCAAAGGCAAAAAAUCAAAGUCUGUUGAAAAUCCACGAUAAAAAUAGAUCAAAAUGACGCGCUUGAAACAUUUCUCAGCAUAGAACGACAAUUAAUAGUAUUAAGAUUUAAAUAACACCCAACGACCGUGGAAAAACCAAACACAGUGCCAAAGCAACGCAACGACGCACAAACGCUUACAUAGUUGAUAAAAGUGCAUCAAAUAUAUUCGAUUUCCGAAUUUCUUCCGUCAUAUAAAGUGCUAAUAAUCCGUCACCAUGUCGCGUUCAAGUAGUUUGUUUUUCAAUUCGGCUGCCAAGUUAGAGACUAAAAAACUUAAUUGAUUCGAUCAAGAAAAAGUGCGAAGCAGCAGGCAGCAAAGAGUGAAAAUACACAACAGCAAGAUAAUCACUUUCGAAACCAGUUUUGUAGAGAAUCGCGAAGAGUGUUCCAGAAAAGUGCAACCACACAUUCCCACACACAGUAUAUGCACACACUAUACACACAUAUAGGUACGGCAUUCGAGCAUCAGAGCAUCCAGGGAAAAGAACCCACGCCCACAACCACACCACCCACUUCGGUUAAUCUCGCUUGGUAAUUAAGGGUUCAUCGCCUAAUGGCAAGUUCGCUCAACAAGACGAGACACAGGCGCAGACUGGCUGCGAUCUCGUUCCUAUCGAAUAUCUCGUUAGAUGGCACCCAUCGGGACACCAAAUUCGGCGCAACAUUCGGCAGCAGCCUGCUCUGCAACCAGAAUAAGAACCCAUCCUCGCUGGGACUCGGCUCGGGGGGCUUUCAUCCGCACUAUCAGCAGCACCACCAUCAGCGCAGCCAUUCGGCCACGCACCACAACCAUCAGAAGCGGCAUCAGACGCAGCAGCAGCAAAACACCCAACAGCAGCAACAUCAGCAGCAGCAGCAGCAUCAACAGCAGCAGCAGCAGCAGCAACAACAUCAGCACCAGAAUGGCGCCCUCUGUUCGCCGCUGCUCUGCAGCGCCGAUGUCCACAUGGGCAUCGAUGGCGGCCUCGGGCUGGGAAUGGGACUGGAGGACUGCACCACCGGUGCCAGCGAUGGGGACGGGCAUUUUAGUGAAACUGAAAAUAUGGGUCAAUACCUGAUGAACGUCCUUCCGGCCGCCGAGCACAAUCGCAGCAGCAUUGUGCCGGCCGAGAGACGCAACAUAAAGCGCCCGACCUCGUCGGGUCGUCAGAACCACCAGGCACCGGGCAAUGGCAAUAUGGGCAAUAAGCACCAACAGCAGCAGCAACUGCAGCAGCAGCACAAGUUGCAGCAGCAACAGCGGCAGGCACGGAGUUGCGCCGCCGGCAGCGGAGGAUCGGGUGCCGAGAGCGGCAGCGAUUCGGACAGCGUCAAGAUACCGCUCAAGGUGUCCAAUCUGGGCAGCGGCGGGGGCGUGGCCGGCGGAGCGGGCAGCAAGCUAUUGCCGCUGAGGGAACGCACCUUCAGCAAUGGGGCGAGCGAUCAGAACUUGCAGCCGGAGCGGAGGGCACGUUUGAACACGGCGCCGGGGAUGCGGGCGGGCUCCAAUUCGAACAUUGCCAUGGGAGGCGGCCUGAAGCGCACCUAUGUCUUGAGCGGAUCGAGCGUCAGCCACAUCACCGACGACAGCAGCACGGAGAGCCUGACUCCGGCGGGCAACUUUGCGGGCAGUUUCCGGAACAGCCUCAGCAAGUCGGUCCAGAUCAGCGAUAGCCGGCGUGGAACCUCCGGCCAGCCAUUGGGACUUGGACAGGCGCGGGAUGAGCGCAUGGUGCUGGUGUCGCGCAAGAUUCCGUUCUUCAUAUUCUCCUCACUUCCCUACUACAAGGGCAAGAAUGGAAGAGCUGAGUUUCGCAAGGAGGAUCGUCGUCGUCGGAAUCCAUCCACUUCACGUCCUUUGAGCUCGAUCAACGAUGCACCAUUCGAUCCCUUCGAUUUGCUGGGAAUACAGAAGGCCGAAAGUGGUCAGGACAUAUCAUAUGGUCAUCUGCUGAUUCCUUCACGUCAGUACGAAAAGGAGCGCAAGAAGCACGGCAAUGCAUCGGCAAAUCCUUCCAUCUUUGAGAACCAAAUGGAGAUCACGAGCACUGCGGCGCUCAAGAAUCAUGGCAUAGCGAGCACAAAAACCAUAACCAAACGUCAAGGCAAAUGGUGCUUCACUUAUGAGAACAACAACCGCAAUAGUGCAACCAGUCCGACGCCAGACAUGAAGCUGGACAUGGACAUUGAGAGUGUUAUCCUGGGCGGAGACUCGUCUCGUGGUCAAGUGUACUCCGCUAGCAUUUUGGACGAUCCGGAGUUGAUUGCUGGAAAGCAUCGCACUUUGCUGACCUUUACCUCUUACAUGACCUCCGUCAUUGACUAUGUGCGCCCAUCCGAUCUUAAGAAGGAGUUGAACGAUAAGUUUCGCGAGAAGUUCCCCACCAUCCAGCUCACGCUGAGCAAGCUAAGGAGCAUUAAGCGGGAGAUGCGCAGGAUCAACAAACUGGACUCGCGCAUCGAUCUGGUGACCAUAUCGCAGGCGUACGUGUACUUCGAGAAGCUCAUCCUGGCCAAUCUGAUCAACAAGAGCAAUCGCAAGCUGUGCGCCGGCGCCUGUCUGCUGCUCAGCGCCAAGAUGAACGACGUGAAGGGGGACGCCCUCAAGAGCCUCAUCGAGAAGACGGAGAGCGUGUUCCGGCUGAAUCGCAAGGAGCUGAUCUCGUCGGAGUUCGCCGUGCUGGUGGCGCUGGAAUUCAGCCUGCAUGUGAGCCGGCACGAGGUCCUGCCGCACUAUCAGCGGCUGCUCUACGAGUCCUAGGACUGGCCCAAGCGCUGCGCCGAGAAGAGUUUCCUGGCGGCAGCGCAGGCGGUACAGCAGUUGUGUCGCAAGGGCAGUCGCAAGUAGGCGUCCGUACUUAUAGCAUACUUUCGGGUGUUGGGUUUUCAACGAUCAUAUUGAUUAUAUUGCCUAGGCUUAGGGCGUAGCUAAAUAAGUUUUGCUAAAACAGUCACAAGACAACAA